GGGCCUUUGGCUCGUACUACACCACCUCACCCUCACUCUCUCUUCCCCGGCCAUCCGCGCCAGACGAACUCAGCACCCGCGCGCAGCAAGGAGAGUCCACACGCCCAUGGCCAGCACCAACAUGGCGUCGGCCACCUCGCGGUUCAUGCUGGCCGCUGGCGUGCCCACCGCCGGCAGCGGCAGCGGCAGCAGCGGCCGCGUCAGCUUCGCGCCGGCGCCCAACCAGCUGGGCAGGAGGCUCGUGGUCCGGGCUGACCCGGAAGCUCCGGCUGAACCGGCGGAAGGGGAGGGCGCCGUGGCCACCAAGCCCAAGGCCGAGAAGCCGCCGCCGAUCGGGCCCAAGAGGGGCACCAAGGUGAAGAUCCUGAGGAGGGAGUCCUACUGGUACAACGGGAUCGGCAACGUCGUCACCGUCGAUCAGGACCCCAACACUCGCUACCCGGUGGUGGUGCGGUUCAACAAGGUGAACUACGCCGGCGUGUCCACCAACAACUACGCCUUGGACGAGGUCCAGGAGGUGAAUGAACAAAAGUGAGGCCGGCUCAAGGGGCUCCCCGGCCCGCGCGCGCUAGCUAGCUCCCGUGUGAUGAUUUGUAGUUGUGAAAUGAGGCUGUGAAGCUGCAUGCUGUGCUAGCUAGCGUCACAAACAUCGAUCUUAUGUGUAAUAGCUUAAUCUCCAUAAUCAUCAUGUAAUUGCUUGCUUCAUUCACCGUGGACUCAAUAAUCUCUCUUGCUCUAAAAUUAUAUUGCUGUAUUCUUUUUUUUU